AUAUAUAUGCCCUUAUAGAGUUUAACACAUUGGGUCCACCUCCAGGGCACAGGCUGUAGCUCAUUCUGACCGCUGCUCCUCUCCCAGGAAUCACUUUUAAGGGUUUUGCAGGGUUUUUUUGGGGGAACCUUUACUUUCAAGCUUAAGCAACACAAAAUGGCACCGAAGAAGGACGUAAAGAAGCCAGCAGCAGCCGCAGCACCAGCACCCGCGCCAGCACCAGCACCCGCACCAGCAGCACCCAAACAACCUGCAAUAGACCUCAAGAGCAUCAAGAUCGAGUUCUCCAAGGAGCAACAGGAUGACUUCAAGGAGGCCUUCCUCCUCUUUGACAGGACUGGUGAUGCCAAGAUCACCCUGAGCCAGGUUGGUGAUAUCAUCCGGGCACUGGGACAGAACCCUACAAAUGCCGAGAUCAACAAGAUCCUGGGCAACCCCAGCAAAGAGGAGAUGAAUGCCAAGAAAAUCACUUUUGAGGAGUUCCUGCCCAUGUUGCAAGCAGCUGCUAACAACAAGGAGCAGGGUACCUAUGAAGACUUCGUUGAAGGUCUGCGUGUCUUUGACAAGGAAGGCAAUGGCACAGUCAUGGGGGCUGAGCUCCGCCACGUACUGGCUACGCUGGGUGAGAGGAUGACAGAAGAGGAAGUAGAUGAACUCAUGAAAGGUCAGGAAGACUCCAAUGGCUGCAUCAACUAUGAGGCAUUUGUAAAGCACAUCUUGUCUGUCUAAGUGGACUUCCCCAGAUGCCAAAAGGACAAGCCAAAUUCAGGAAGACCAGAUGGCACUCAAGAUCUGCCUGAAAUUCUUGCUCAGUCUGUCACCAUCAACAUGGAAAUGGCAUAGAACUGGAUGAUACGUGCCUCUGACCCCACCAGUUUUACCUAUCCAUCCAUAGGUAUCACCUCUGGGUCACUAUACUUCGAUUUAAAAACCAUGAACUUUUACCAAGGCAAGCUCGAUGGAAUAAAACAGGAUCCAAUCAUCCCGAGCAUCUCUUUCCAUGUUGUUUGCAUUGAAACGAUGGAAUCUCUUGGAAAAAAUAAAGCAUCAGUAAAUCCCUGUGGUCA